GGGGAGGUCGCGGGGUUGAGGGGGCUGGGAAAUGAGUGCGGCCUCUCCUCUAUGGUCGCGGGCCAGGGGUACCCUCCGCAGUCGGUCCUCGGUGGCUUCCGGAAGUGAAGCGUCCAGCUCCUCCUCCUUUUCUGCGGGGGUCGGUGCGGGGGGCGAUGGCCGGAUCGGUCCCGGGGCGAAUAGAAUGAUUUGAUAAUGCCUUGCUGCCAUCUCCGAAGUCUGAAGUUUUCUGUGUCUGUGGGUCCCAGAAUUUGCUGAAAGAUGGAAGAGCCUCAGAAAAACGAUGCCACCACAGUGGGCCUGGAAGAUGACCCUCUCAAAAGCAUGGGCCCUCAGAUUUCUGUUAGUGAAUUUUCCUGCCAUUGCUGUUAUGAUAUCCUGGUUAACCCGACCACCUUGAACUGUGGGCACAGCUUCUGCCGGCACUGCCUCGCUUUAUGGUGGGUGUCUUCAAAGAAAACAGAGUGUCCAGAAUGCAGAGAAAAAUGGGAAGGUUUCCCCAAAGUCAACAUUCUCCUCAGGGAUGCCAUUGAAAAGUUAUUUCCUGAUGCUAUUAGGAUGAGAUUUGAAGACAUUCAACAGAACAAUGACAUAGUCCAAAGUCUCGCAGCCUUUCAAAAAUAUGGGAAUGAUCAGAUCCCUUUAACUCCCAACACGGGCCGAGUGAAUCAGCAGAGAGGAGGGGGGUUCUUUUCCGGAGUGCUCACAGCUUUAACUGGAGUGGCAGUGGUCCUGCUUGUGUAUCACUGGAGCAGCAGGGAAUCUGAGCAUGACCUCCUGGUCCAUAAGACUGUGGCCAAAUGGACGGCGGAAGAAGUUGUCCUCUGGCUGGAGCAGCUGGGCCCAUGGGCCUCUCUCUACAGAGACAGGUUUUUGUCUGAAAGAGUGAAUGGAAGAUUGCUUUUAACUUUGACAGAGGAAGAAUUUUCAAGGGCACCAUAUACUAUAGAAAACAGCAGCCACAGAAGAGCCAUCCUCAUGGAGCUGGAGCGUGUCAAGGCACUAGGUGUGAAGCCCCCCCAGAAUCUCUGGGAAUAUAAGGCCGUGAACCCAGGCAGGUCCCUGUUCCUGCUGUAUGCCCUCAAGAGCUCCCCGAGACUUGGUCUGCUGUACCUGUACCUGUUUGACUACACAGAUACCUUCCUGCCCUUCAUCCACACCAUCUGCCCUCUGCAGGAAGACAGCUCCGGGGAGGACAUCGUCACCAAGCUUCUGGAUCUGAGAGAGCCCACUUGGAAACAGUGGAGGGAAUUCCUCGUCAAAUACUCCUUCCUCCCAUACCAGCUGAUUGCUGAAUUUGCCUGGGACUGGCUGGAGGUCCACUACUGGACAUCACGGUUUCUCAUUGUUAACGCUAUGCUACUCUCGGUUUUGGAGUUAUUUUCUUUUUGGAGGAUCUGGUCAAGAAGUGAGCUGAAGACACUUCCUCAGAGGAUGUGGAGCCAUUUUUGGAAAGUGUCAACACAGGGGCUUUUUGUGGCCAUGUUCUGGCCCCUCAUCCCCCAGUUUGUGUGCAACUGUUUGUUUUACUGGGCCCUGUAUUUCAACCCAAUCAUUAACAUUGAUCUCGUGGUCAAGGAAGUUCGAAGACUGGAAACGCAAGUGUUGUGACUGGCACUGUCCGGGCUCUGAGUGGGUCCUCCAGUCUCCCCAGUGCCUGAGCUGAUGCUUUGGAGGGUGAGGGAAGAGGAGACUUCCUGUUUCUACCCAUGGUAAACAAGGUGCUGCUUUGUAUGACAAAGGCUUCAACCAGGUCCUCUCUUCUCUGCCUGUGGCACACCAUGGCAGCAAGCUAACACCCCAGUACAUGGAGGACUGUCUGUGGCCCACACAGCCAUCGCCUCACAGGGACCUGACUGGCAGGACUCAGGGUCCUCAGAGGACACAGUGUGGGUGACGUCAGAAGGCCACCACAUCGGCAUCUCCCUCCCUGCCUCAGUUAAUGACAGGUUCCUAGAGCCAAGACCAGGCUUGUUUGGGCCAGGCCUGUCCUGUAUGUCAAGUUUAGGAAGACAGAGAUAGGGUUUUUGUCAUAGGCAUAAAAAGUUACACAUUAAAAAAAAAGGGGCGGGGGGGGGGGGACCCAGAAUCCAAUCAACAAUUCUGUCUGGUUGGGUAGUUGCUGGGUUUCAGAGGAAACCUCUAAAAUGAUUCAGUUUGAGAUUAGAAUGAUGGUCGGCUUUUCCUCACUGUUUUUUUGUCAUUGUUAUUGUUGGUUUGUUUGUUUUCUGUUUGGGGUGGGGCUCCCUUUCUCUGAGCUGGGGCUUGAGUGGCUGUCAGGCAGCACCCAGAGCUCCCCUCAGGCUAAGCUGCAUCAGGCUGCUUAAAGGCAUUGCUUUGGGGUUUUGUUUUGUUUUGUUUUUCAGAAUUUAAUCUGUAAUAUCCAGGGUAGACUCUGCAUUCAUGCAUUGAAGGAAACAUUUUAUAAAUUGACCUCACACUGUAUAAUGUGUAAUCUUUAUUGACCUCUUGUGGUAUGUGAGCAGCUGGCAUAAUUAUACCAAGUGCUGUAAUUGUGCACACAGAGUGGGAGGAAGGGCUGCCUUUGUUUUCCUCAGUGUGAAAACUGCAAGUGUGAAGUGUGAGCUAUGGACUGCCUGGAGAGGAAAACCCGCAUCCACAGUGUGGGGGAGCUCCAUGAACCAUUCAUUAACCCCUUCCACACUUAAGUGAAGAUUUCACUCAAACUUUUCAUCUUAAAGUUUGGAGAAAUUACUUGAAAUAAAAAUAAAGAUUUUUAUACAGAUAAA